AUGGCGAAGGGUACACGCUCAGUCUUCAAGCCUUCGGCGGCCAAGAUUGAUCCAGCACUAGAUGCGCUGUUUAGCAGUAGUACCGGUCCUGCGCCGCCCAUUGCCGCCAACACCCGCAAGCCAAAACGUACUCAACCCACUCCAGAAUCCAACAACGACGAUGAGGACACUUCGUCAGGCAAUGGAGCCACGGACGAAGAUGCCGGUGACGAGGAGGUAGAGAGCGAGCUCGACGCAAGUGCGGACGAGAGUGAAGAUAACGAAGGAGAGGUCAAGGAUGCGGAUGAGGUCAUGCAGGACGCAGCGCCGCUGGGCGUAGACGCCGUGCCUACACACUCGGAGAAGAAGCGGAAGAGAAAAGACAUUACCGAUGACCUUGAGGACCGACAUAUGCGGAAGCUCAUGCGGGACAACAAAGACAAGGAGCCCUCCAGCAAAAGGCAAAGGGGCGUGGACGGCGAGUCGAAAGAAUCCGGCGUCAAGGGCCUCGCCGGCUCUGCUGAAGAAGACAGCGACGACGAUGCUCGACCGGUACACGAAUCGCUCGCUAAGGAUGCUCAGCCUGCAGACAUCGAAAAGGCCAACAGGACGGUAUUCCUGGCAAACGUUUCUACCGAGGCCGUGUCGUCCAAGGAGGCGGUCAAGACACUUCGAGCCCAUCUUUCUUCUAUCCUUGAUGAAACAGCAAGCCCCAAGGAGAGGAUAGAAUCGAUCCGGUUCCGGUCCCUCGCAUUUUCGUCUCUGGCACUACCCAAGCGAGCCGCUUACAUCACCGGAUCGCUCAUGGACGCCACAACCAAGUCUUGCAACGCGUAUGUUGUGUAUUCCACCCCUACCGCGGCGCGCAAGGCCAUCUCCGGCCUCAACGGCACCAAAGUUCUAGAGAGGCAUCUACGAGUGGAUAGUGUCGCCCAUCCCGGAAAGGUUGAUCACCGACGAUGCGUCUUCGUCGGUAACCUUGGGUUCGUUGACGAUGAAACCGUGCUCAAUACCGAUAAAGAGGGCAAAACAAGCUCCAAGAAGCGCUACAAGAUUCCCUCGGACAUCGAAGAGGGCUUUGGCGCGUUUUCGGGGAGAAGGCCGGCAAGGUUGAAAACUUCUACGACACCAACCACGUCGAGGCAGCUCUCUUGCUCGACGGCAAAAGUUUCCCCCAUGCUCCCGCGUAACCUCCGCGUAACCCGUGCCAAGAACCCCCAAAAGACGGCGUUGGCGAUGCAGAAGCGUGUUGUCGCGCCGGCCAGGGCCACGUCCGCGCCCGGCAGCGCAAAGUACAAGCCCAAGGUAACGCCCGAGGCACAAUCCAUGGCCGGCCGCGCGUCCAAGCUCCUCGGCUUAGCGGGCGCGGCGCGGCAGGCGUUGGGGGCCAAGAAAGGAUUCACGCCGAGGGCCGGUCCGAACGUGGGAGACGAUAUCAAGACGCCAGAGCAGAUUGUGUUUGAAGGCAGGCGGGCCUCCGCCGGCGACGGCCUCAAAUUGGGGAAGCGGCCGAAAUUCCGAAAGUCGGGCCCCAAGAAGCUGCAGGGGAAGCGUUCUCAGCGCUCCGCGACCUGGAAGAAGAAGAAAACAUCGGGCGGCAGUGACUGA